GAACAAAUAUUGCAUAAAUACCGCUUCCUGUGAUUCAGUAGUUUUCGUUUUAUACAACAAAGCAUUUUGUCACUAGAUCCUUAGAUAAAAGAUGGAAAGGCUUCUGAGUCUUGGCAGUAGGGUUCAAGGUUUGGGUCAGGGUAGCCCUCCUACCGAUGCUCCAGUUGUUGAUACAGCAGAACAAGUUUACAUUUCAUCUCUUGCUCUGUUAAAGAUGUUAAAACAUGGACGAGCUGGUGUUCCGAUGGAAGUCAUGGGUUUGAUGUUGGGAGAAUUUGUUGAUGAUUACACUGUUCGUGUCAUAGAUGUCUUUGCAAUGCCACAGUCCGGGACUGGUGUGAGUGUAGAAGCUGUUGAUCCUGUGUUUCAAGCAAAAAUGUUAGACAUGUUGAAACAAACUGGAAGGCCUGAAAUGGUUGUCGGCUGGUACCACUCUCACCCUGGUUUUGGCUGCUGGCUGUCUGGUGUUGACAUUAACACACAGCAGAGUUUUGAGGCUUUGUCAGAACGAGCUGUCGCAGUUGUUGUUGACCCCAUUCAGAGUGUUAAAGGCAAAGUGGUAAUAGAUGCCUUCCGUCUUAUCAAUCCGAAUAUGAUGGUUUUAGGUCAAGAGCCAAGGCAAACUACGUCAAAUUUAGGACAUCUCAACAAACCUUCUAUUCAGGCACUUAUUCAUGGGUUAAAUCGACACUAUUAUUCCAUUGCAAUUAAUUACAGAAAGAAUGAGCUAGAGCAAAAGAUGUUACUGAAUCUCCACAAAAAAAGCUGGGUGGAUGGCCUCCAGCUGCAAGACUACAGUGAGCAUUGUUCACUCAAUGAGAAGACUGUUGGGGAUAUGUUAGAGCUGGCCAAAAACUACCACAAGGCAUUGGAGGAAGAGGAGACUAUGACCCCGGAACAGUUAGCUAUCAAGCAUGUUGGUAAGCAAGAUCCAAAGAGGCAUCUAGAAGAAGAAGUGAAUGUCAUCAUGACUAAGAACAUCGUCCAGUGUCUGGGGGCAAUGCUGCACACUGUUGUAUUCAAAUGAAGUUUUAUUUUAUAAUUUAAUGUUUUGCGUUGCUGGUGUUGACUGAGUGGUAACUCAGCAGAUUUGUAGCAGAAAUUUUUUACUUUGACAACAGUGGUACGCCUAACAUGUGGCUUAAAAAGUAUUUAGCGUUAUUUAAUUUUUAACCUUUGAAUAUCAUUGGAAUUGAUGAUAAACAAAAUGUUUAGACUAUACCAUAAUGAGAGGAAUUUAUAUUUAUAAAACUGGUCAGUUUUGGAAAUUUUUCAUAGUACAAUUCAGCAUUUGUGCUUAAAAUUAUAUGUACAGUAAAUUUAGUAGAAUUUCAGUUUUUAAAAAAUCAGUGUAUUUUUGUGGUUCUGGGAGUUGAGUGAUUUUUGUGGCUGUUAAUUUGCAUGAAAGAUGGUUGUUUGCCUGAUUUAUUACACAAAAGACUUAUCCCAAUAAUCACCAAAAAUUGUUAUGUUGGAAUGUCACUCCACUACAUCUAUCAUUGUUUACAACGCAUACACAUCUAACUAAACUCUUAUCCUGUGAUUUUUUUUAUAUUAAAUUUUAAUUUUUAAACUGUUUUCACACUGCUUAACUUUCUGCAAGUUAUUUUUUUAAACAUUUAAUUUAUAAAAGUAGUGUAAAUUGAGUUAGAUCUAUUUUAAAUAUUUAUGAAAUAGUAUGCAUACACUUCAAAAAAGUUUGUUGAAAAGUAAAAAGUGUGCUGUAUUUAUUUAGUUAGAUAAUUUAGCAACAUAAUACAACAUCAACUCUAAGCUGUAUUGUAACAUCUCAUGUCUAAAUGGAUUUGUUUGGGAAAUACCUGAUGCAUUGUUUUUUUUAUUAAAAAAAGUUUUUGGUUUCUAUCAUGAAUAA